GAGUAGAUGAGUGGAGAAGUGAUUAGGUGCCUAACUAUGCAAUGAACUGCAACGAACCUAUUGAUUGGGCCUCUAAGCAUGGAGAGAGUCAUAACUUAGGAGAGGUUCUUCAAGUAUCGUGACGUCCUCGAACGCCCACCCCCUCAUAGGUGAGCCAACUCCUAUCCUAUCCUAGAGUGACGAUUGCGGCAUGGAUUUCAUGAGGUCCCUUCUCAUUCUCUUCAUUUUUUGACGCAAUCUUGUCAGAUUUUGAAUUCAAAUGGGAGUUUUUUGUUGCCUGUUGUAGUGUUCUUGGGCUUUGAAGUGUUGUACUUGGAGAAAGCAAGGAAGUUGGAGAAAACUAGUUGUUUUUAGUUGUUGUAAGUAGUAUCUAGGCAACAAUAUCAUCAAACUUCGCAGUAAAUACAUGCAAUUUUGAUCUUCUACCUAGAACUUCAUUCUAGCAUUUAAACCAAGAAAAUGUCUGGCGUACCUCUUCCCCCUGCGCCGGACCUGGCCUCGCCGGUCGCUGUGUCGCGUGAUGCCAAGGGAGGGCUGUUUUUGCCGUCAUCCGCAGCACCAGAGCCCCUUCACGUGGGUGAUAGCGCAACACAAAACUUCAAGCGAAAUGCGCGCGAUUCUCCUGAGAUAAAACGGAAACACCCGCAGGAACUUCAGUCUGCAACCAAUGAGGCGUUAGAACGCAUGCGCUCCACAGACUUUCACAACGAGUCACUUGCUGCUUUGAACAAACUCUUAAGGCUUAUUACCCUAAUCCAUCUUGAGAUUGAUGCUGAAACUAUUACUACGGGAACAACUUUUAAUUACUAUGAUCGUACAUCUUGGAGGAACUGUCGCAUAUGAACAAGGGGGAACAUCAAGCAGCCUCAUGAUGAGUCUAUUGCGAUGGAUUGGGGUGAGCUGCUCUAAAUCUCGCGCAGGACGAGGACGAUCACAGAGAUAUAUGCUCUGAGGUGUUCUACUCGCACAUACGAGAUCAUCUCAGGGGAUGCAUAUUUGUGUUAAGGGUUUCCGAAUUACCUCCCUCACUACCAUCCUUGGCUCCUCUUCAAGGGGAAAAUAGGUCAACUCAAGGAUGUCCCGAAGAAUGCAAUUCGGCAACCUCUAAUUGUGGGACACGUGAACACCGAUUUGGACUCGGUCGCAGGGGCAAUCGGCGCAGCCGCCUUAUUUGACGGGGUAGCUGCGAUUUCGGAGAAGAAACUGAAUGGCGAAAUUUUGUUCGCACUAAAGGAGUGCGGAAUUGAAACGCCGAUCCUCUUCGAUGACGCACCCGGAGCAAAGACAGACGCUAGAAUGUACUACUCGAAAACUAACUAAGACGCUAGAAUGUACUACUCGAAAACUAACUAAGACGCUAGAAUGUACUACUCGAAAACUAACUAAAACGCUAGAAUUUGAUACUCGAAAACUAACUAAGACGCUAGAAUGUCGAUGUACUACUCGAAAACUAACUAAGACGCUAGAAUGUACUACUUGAAAACUAACUAAGACGCUAGAAUGUACUACUCGAAUAACCGAGUUACUGACAAAAAAAUGGCGGGAAAGGUAGCUUAGCAUCAAGGCUACUCUUUCUGUUUCUUCUCAUCAGCAUCUCGGUUAGUCUGAUCACUUACUUGCUUAUUUCAGUUUAUCGAAGACCUGCGUACUUACUAUCUUUACAGCGUGGACCUUUACGUUCAAAAUCACGGCUCCUGCGGCCAUUUUAUCAUAUAUAGCCGGCUAGUUUUCCUCUUUCUACCUUUAGGUUAUCUCUUCUUGCAACAUAUAUCUUCUACUUUUACGAAUAGCUUCCUACUGAGAUGAACUAAUCUUUUAGACUGAAAGUGCUUCUACUUGUUCUAGUCGUAGUCCUUUACAAACUCUUGUAGGUAUUACAGAUGAAGAUAGAGCUUACACAAACUCUACUAACUAUGUCUCUCUUCUUCAGAUGCCUGGUUGACCAUUCGGAAGACAAGCAGAUGACACCGUUGCUCCGGGAUGCCAAGAACAGAGCCGCAAGGAUAGCAGGAAUCAUAGAUCACCACGCACUGGCGGAGUCUUUCUCAACCUCAAAACCCCUCUACAUGGAUUUGAGGCCAUGGGGUAGCAUGAGCACCAUCAUUAUGGAUGUUGGAGGAACCUAAUCUAUUGUGUCUGUUUGCAAAGCUAGACCACACAGCACCCGAAGAGUAUUGAUCAUCUGUUCUCAUCUACUAGGCGAACUAGCUUGAUGACUUUGUAAAUGUCUACUCGUGCCACCAGUGCAAUUACCUUUUUCAGUCUCUCUAUAGCUUUCUUUUUGUGUCUGUGAAAUGUUUGCUUUCUCUGCGCCCACCGCUGCUGGUGCGUCGAUAUGUAAGUAGCAUUUAGUAUAGGAGGUUAAUGCACUCCCACCAUCGCCGGGCAGCAUCCUGGAAAGUACCUGGGUCAUACUAGUUUUUUAGUAUACCGCCCGCCAUAAUCAGAGGCAGACAGCUUUCUGCAAGCUCUUAGUGUCGACCAUUUUGAAAUCGAUGGCGCAAGUUUUGUAAGUAGCGUUUAGUAUUGGAGGUUAAUGAACUCCCACCAUCGCCGGGCAGCUUCCUGGUUAACACGUGGGUCAUACUUUUAGUAUACCGCCCGCCAUAACCCCCCAUCGAAAAAUUUGUAAUUGUAAUUGUAAUAGAUCCUUACCUUCAGAGUUGCCUAGAAGAUCCAGUAUACGACAACUUCGGCACCCCCAACGACAACUCCAGCACCCCCACCCUCUAAUGGCAUCACCGUUCUCUUCCUGUCGCAUUUCAGCACCCCCACCCUUCUUCUCUAAUGGCAUCACCGUUCUCUUCCUGUCGCAUAAACGCCAUCUGCCACCCAAGAUAGCGAAAAUGCUGCUGAUGGCAGUACUUUCGGACACACUGAACUUGCAAUCAGUGACAACGACGGAUGCGGACAGGCAAGUUGUAACAUUGCUGAGCGCGUAUGGCGGCGUCGCGAACCCAGACGAGCUUGCGCGUAUGCAGUUCCAGAAAAAAACGGAUUUCAUCGUCAAUCUUGGUACUUGUUGGGCAGAAUGAUAAUGGAUAGUACUCAAAGAAUUUGAUUCAAUUUCCACUCAACAUCUUCUUACAAAAUAAAGUUAGACGAGCUUGCGCGUAUGCAGUUCCAGAAAGAAUCUUGGUACUCAAAGAAUUUGAUUCAAUUUCCACUCAACAUCUUCUUACAAAAUAUUAAAGUUAUGUAUGACACGCUCAACAACUGAAAUUCAGGUGCCUACGAAAUGGUUCGCGGUGAUCAAAAAGAUUUCAAAUGUGGCGACUGGAAGUGCGGUAUCUCCGUGUUGGAGGUGACGGCGCCAGAGUUGGUGCUCGCGAUUGCCGAAGAAAUCAUGCUGGAAUUGCGAAUGCUGAAAAAGGAAAAGGGUGAGUGCACCGAGACGGUGCGGUUACCCCGUGGCCAGUGCGGAGGCAGUUCUCCCGUGGCCAGUGCUGCGGCUGCAUCAACAAGAAUGGAGAAGCAAGUCAAGAAAAUACGAGACCACAGGAAAGAGCUCGACUUUGCAUACUUGUUUGUAGUGGAUAUCCUGAACGAGGUCAGCUAUCUUAUAAUCGCUGGUGGUCGCGAACUCGUUCUGGCAAAAAAAGCGUUCCCGAAUGGUAUACUUAAUUUUCACUUUGAUGUUCUGAAAAGAUAAAGAUGAAAACCUGUGUUCACGGUCUUCAAUUUGCCAGCUUGUCUUUCUAUAGUUGCUUAAAAAGUUGUACAACAUAGAGAAAAUUAUCAGUCGAACUUUUCCCUCGCCUUGUUGCUACCUUCUUUGGGGUUGAACAAGGUUAUUAAGUCUAUCACAAAAUCGCAUCACAAAAAUCAGCGCCGCUCUCCCGUUGCGUUCCUCAUCUGGAGGAUGCGCCAGGCAAGACGAUCGGAGUUGACGAAACUAUGAUGACGCUGCCGAAGGGCUAUGUGAGCCGCAAAGCACAGUUUGCUCCAGCGUUUUUGUUAAGAGUGGUGAUUGCGACAAUCAAUGAUUCUAGACGAGAUGAAAGCAAAGCUGUUUUAGAGAAACAUAUCACGUAGAUAAUGACCCCUUCACACCUUCACCUUCUAGGAGGUACCUCUUCACUGAAUGGCCUCAUACAUAGAUGCGUAACGCCAUACAAGAGGCGCCAUGGCAUGACAUGACGUGACAUAUCAUUGUGCACCAGCAUCCACAGGAUCUUGAUGAUCUUGAUCUUGAGCCACGUAACCUAACCUAACCUAAGCUAACCUAACCGCCUCUUCGUGCUCUUUCUCUAAUCCAUAACGCACUGGCGGACUUCACGUGCCACAAGGUCCCGGCGACGCAGAUGCCAGCUCCUGCUACUGUUGAAGAGGACUAUUCCGAAAAAGUGUAUCUUGACAGCAAGGACGCCUGGGAGCACGAUUCCGUCAAACUCUCACGUACCAGUCGGGUCUUCAAACGGAGUGCGAGCUCAAGCCCGGCUUUAUGAGACAAGGAAUUUAGUAGUAGGUGCAAGCUAGUUGUACUUACGUAGUAGUAAUACAUUAUACAACAAGCUAGUUGUAGUAGUGCAAGUGACCAGUAGUCGAUGUACCGAAGGGCAGCAUUAGAAUUGUGCCCAAGAUUUUGAUAGUAGAUACUCUUUCAUCUAUUUUCCAAAUCGCCUCCACCUCUUGUGAUCAAGUAGGAAUCUCUCUUUCCGUAGUUUUUCUCUUUCGUUUUGUAUCAUAACCACCAGAUUGUAACCAGAUUACAUUAAUUAUGGUCUUGUGGUCCAUCCCUCAAUCAAUCAAUCAUCUUGCUUUCAUGUUUGUCGGGAAACAGAAGCAAGGACACGCGCAACGCUUGCGUCUGUUUCGCAUGAUUUUUCCCGCGGAAUGCCAAGAAGCCUCAUCUCGCCUUCGUUAUCUCCCACCUUUAAGGCUACAAGAGAUCCAUCUUCGCAGGCAUCUGGAUCUCGUUUGUAAAGGGGAAAGGAAGGCCAGGAUGCUGCUGAGGAUGGACAUCUCUUCUAGUUCUAAUACCUGUUUUCCAGAUGCAGACGCUUGUACCUGAGUGCGCACACACGCUUUUCAGAAGGUGACUCGAUUCUCUUUCGUCUUCUUUCACUGCGGUCUCGUUUUUUGGAGUUUGCGUGUAUGGGCGCUUCAUCUUCCACUCAUAAUGUUGCAAGGAAACUACUCUUCAGUUUAACAUAAAAAGAGAAGUCUCUAAGAUUCUAAGACAACUGCUACAAGAUUGUAAAUACAGCUGUUUGGGACUGGAAGCGAUACACCGAUACACCUUGUUUAGCCAUUUCCAUUCUCUCUUCUUUUGGUAUGUCGAUGCUACGCUAUCCGAUCCUAUGACCGUCGCCCACGAUGUCCAUCGCCUGUUUCCGUUAAGUUUUCGCUUCAGGGGAGUCAACAUGUUAAUGUACCCACGGAACUUGCUAAUUACCCACACUUAGUGGGUACAUUCAUUCAUUCGUGCUAAUUAACUCAAGGUUUUGGUAACCCGCUACUUUAUACACUAGAUAAAUUCUUCUACUCGGCUCUACCCCAUUUCUAUAAUUGAACUAGUUCAACAAUAGGUCAAUAAUUCAACUUUGACUGACUCCAUGGAGUUCAUAGGCAGCAUUGCCUGAGAACUCUCGCUAUUGAUGAUUUGAAAUUGUUCUUUAGACGUCCUCCUUCACUUUCAUUUUCAAUUUCAUACCGAGCGAAAGCGUGUUCAGCAACUGCCAGUGCCAUUAAAAGGACGAGUCGUUUUGGUUGACUUGCAUUUUUCUGUCAGAGCGACUUGCUUUCCUAACAACAGAAAUACGACUUGCAGCUACACUGUUAACGUCAGGCAUCAAACAAUAAAAUUUACAACUGCUGCAAACUACAGGCGCAUCACAAUUAAUUAUAAUUACUACCUUUAGCCGACCCAUCUUCUUUUGGAAAGUAGAAACAAUCAAAGUCAAACCCCUUGUUAUUUUUCGGGAGAACCAACGGACGAUGAACGAACGCACUGACCUAAAGAGAGAAAACGAUUUCGAGAACCGAGAACGACCCUACGCUGAGAGAGGAUGCCAUCAUUUCCUCGAGUGGGCAUGAAGGAUAUAUGUAUGAU